AUGUCGGACACCUCCAAUCCACAUGUUGUAGCAUCCGAGACCACCCCUCUCGUCCCCCAAAAGGCCUCCAAGAAACCUAAAACCCCACUUCCAAAACUCCAGAUCGGCAUACUCAUAACGCUGCAACUUGCAGAACCCAUCGCCUCCACUUCUAUAUUCCCGUACAUCAAUCAGCUUAUCAGAGAACUUGGAAUCACUGGGGGUGAUGAUGCGGCUGUAGGGUAUUAUGCUGGAGUCAUUGAGUCUCUGUUUUUUAUCGGACAGGCGCUGACCGUGCUCGAGUGGGCUAGGCUGUCUGACCGCAUCGGGCGCAAGCCGGUGUUAGUAAUCGGACUAUCGGGAGCUUGCAUUUCGAUACUAUGUUUCGGCCUCUCAACGACAUUCUGGAGCCUUGUCAUUAGCCGCUGCAUGUGUGGUUUUUUGAAUGGCAAUGUCGUAGUUAUGAAAACUAUGAUGGGGGAGUUGACGGACUCCACAAAUAUGGCUCAGGGGUUCGCCUUGAUCCCGAUUGUCUGGUGCAUUGGAGGCUUUCUUGGUCCUUUAAUGGGAGGAACACUCGCGCGCCCGCAAGAUCAUUGGCCCAGAUUGUUCUCCGGUUCAUUUUGGACAAAGUACCCAUACUUUCUACCUUGUGGGGUAGCAGCUUGUCUGCUCGUUCUAGCCCUUGUCAUGAUGUCAAUCUUCUUAGAAGAAACAUUAUCAAAAAAGCGUCGACCGAAGUUGACUUCAAUUACAGCCGGCGUUUCGAGUAGCCCCGACAGAGAAUCACUCGUCCAAAAACCCACGGCAACGGCAAAUAUGCCCUUGCGAUCUCUGCUUACGCCUGCCGUUGUCAUUCCGAUUGCAAACUACGCCAUGCUCGCUUUCCUCGACGUUUCUUGGAGGGUUCUUUUGCCGCUGUACUUGUCGACGCCUACCUAUCUUGGCGGUCUUGGAUUUGAUCCUGCUUCUAUUGGCUCGUGGCUCGCGUUGUUUGGGAUCGUCGAUGGUGUCUUUCAGGCAUUUUUCUUCGCCAAAAUUGUCGAUUGGAUCGGCCCAAAGCGUCUAUUUUGUGUGUCAGCGUCGUGCUACGUACCAGUCAUGGCCAUGUUUCCCAUAAUAUCGUGGCUUUUGCGCGCAAGGGGGGAAGUUGAUGGCACAGUCAUGUUUGCCUUGCUCUGCCAACUAGUGAUGGCGGUCAUAUGGGACAUGGGAUAUGGGACUAUAUUCUUGUUUAUCACAGCUUCUGCGCCUACGAAUAACGUGCUUGGGGCUAUCAAUGGCCUUGGACAGACUUCUGCGGCGGUGGCUCGUGCCUUUGGUCCCGCGUUGGCGACUUCGCUCUUUGCGUUGUCAAAAGAACACAAUCUUCUCGGAGGGAAUGCAGUCUUUAUCGUCUUGAUUGUUCUGGCCAGUGCAUUGGGAUGGCUGGCGGCGCAGUUGCCAGAAGAAAUGCAAGACAGGGAUGAAUGA